CGGGCGGCGCGCCCGGAGUCCAGGCGGCACAGCCUGCCGUCACCGGUGAGGGUUCUGCGGCUGCAGAGCCGGAGAUCGCCGCCCGAAGGACGGGCACCUGCACCAUCCCCGCUCGCGAAAGGCUCCUUCAUUCACCGAGCAGGAGCCCAGGACGAAGUGUGACCUUCCGCGAUACAACCCCACAGAGUACGUCUUCCCCGCAGAGCCUGCCUUCGGAUGAGCGGUGCAGUGGACCAGGAACAGCCCGGGCUGAGGGUCAGCUCCCCGUCCGUGCCGGAGGCACUUCAUGCGGGAGAGGAUGGCUUCAGUAUGCAGAUAAUCACAUGGAACGUUGGCACGGCUGUCCCACCUGAUGACGUCACGUCACUUUUGGGGUUAAAUUCGACGGAUGGAAGAAUUGAUAUGUAUGUCAUUGGUUUGCAGGAAGUGAAUUCCAUGAUCAAUAAAAGACUAAAGGAUGCCAUCUUCACCGACCAAUGGAGCGAGCUCUUUAUGGACACUCUCAGUCCCUUUGGUUACGUGUUGGUGACCUCUGAGAGGAUGCAGGGGCAGCUGCUCUUAGUGUUUGCCAAAUACUACCUCCUGCCAAGCCUGCAGGACAUCCAAACAGACUGCACCAGGACAGGUCUUGGUGGAUACUGGGGGAACAAGGGGGCGGUCAGCGCCAGGCUGUCUCUGAGCGGCCACAUGAUUUGUUUCCUCAAUUGCCACUUGCCGGCUCACAUGGAGAACUCGGAGCAGCGGAUGGACGACUUUGAGAGCAUCCUGCAGCUGCAGCAGUUUAACGGCCCCACCGCCAGCGGAGUCCUCGACCACGACGUUGUCUUCUGGUUCGGUGAUCUGAACUUUCGGAUUGAGCAGUACGAUAUUCGCUUCAUCAAAAAUGCCAUUGAGAAGAACAAGCUGGGUAUGCUGUGGGAAAAGGACCAGUUGAACAUUGCAAAGGUGAUUGAGCCUGCAUUGAACGGAUUUCAAGAGGGACCUCUCAACUUCAGGCCAACGUACAAAUAUGACGUGGGCACAAACACAUUUGACACCAGUUCUAAGAAGCGCAAGCCUGCCUGGACAGAUCGGAUUCUCUGGAGGGUGAAAGUAUCUGACUGCUACGACUCAUUGCAGCAUUCCCCGUUAUCGGCGAGGAAUAACUCCCCAGCCAGCAAAAGCAGCCACAUUGAGGUGUUCCAGCAUGCGUACCGGAGUCACAUGGAGUACCUCAUCAGCGACCACAAACCCGUUACUGCCAUUUUCUGCUUGAAGUUUGCCCAGAAACUUCAGGCUCCAUUGAUUCAGCUACAGGUGGAGGAUGAAUGGAACAAGGCCUCGGAUGCGGUGGUCCGCUACAGGAUGGCGGACUCCUUUCCCAAGAGCUCGUGGGACUGGCUUGGCUUGUACAAGGUUGGCUUUAAGCAUCACAAAGAUUACAUAACAUACGUCUGGGCAAAGCACGAUGAAGUUGAUUCAGACAAACAAUGUUAUCAGGUCAUGUUCAGUGAGGAUUCCGUGCCAAAGGGCACCGGGGAGUACAUCCUGUGUUACUACAGCAACAAUUUCAACAGCAUUGUGGGAGUAACCGAGCCAUUCCAGAUAAUUCUGCCCUCCUCAAGUUCUAGUUCCAGCAAGUCCGACACCUCUGACUCCAGCUCCGAUGGGGAGGAGAUGAGCACCUUGAAGCUGAUCCGCCCUAAGUCCCGCAGCCCUAGUCCGGGCAAGAUGAAGAAGAGGAGGAGCAGGAGUCGGAGUAAGAGCCCGGUCAUCCCAAUAGCCAAGAGCCUGCAAGGCCUCAACCUCCGAGUAGGCUCCAAGUCCAAGAGCAAAAGCCGCAGUCCUUCACCACGGGGGGACCAGGCGUCGAAAGCCAGGCACCUCAGAGAGCCAGGAGCCAGAGCCGCCGCGGGGAAUGGCCUGAAUCCCGAAGGUGCCCUUGGUGACGUGCCCUCACCAACAGGCCCCGCUGCGUUGAAACACUCAGCGGCUAAUGGGACUGCUGCUGACACGGCUGCCAGCUGCACUGCGAGGCCUGCUAGCCAGGUCCUGCAUCCACACGACAGCGAAAGUGCUCAGCAUCCCCGCCUGUCUCCAAAACUCUCCCAGACACCUUCUGCGAUGGGAGCUGUAGGUGUGAGGCAAGGUGAAGCAGGUCAUUUCUCGAGCACCAAGAGCCAUCACUCCAGGUCUCCAAGUCCCAGCGUUAGGGCCUCCAGUACUCAUGGCAGGCCAGAGGCUGGUGAAGGCCAGAACACAGAGAGAGGUGCUGGCAACCAGCGUACCAGGGCGUUUGGAGAAAGCAGUACAGGCCUGGACCUGCAGCUGAAACCUGUCCAAUACCCAUCACCAAAAGCCACACUGAAGUAGAAGUUUGCUUUCCACUUUGACAGCUCAACAAAGCACAAACAAUAUUUGUUAUUCCUAGUUUAAAGAUGUGUAGAGCGAUCAGCUUUAUUUUUAUUGUGGAGUUGAGCUCCCGCCUGAGUGUCUGGAACCAUUUGUGAAAUGUAAUUGGAAUGUGAAUCCUGCUCCUGUUUUCGCCUUCCUGCUGUAUGUACGAUACUGUCCAAAAGUCUUCGGCACAUGUGUGUAGUUCGGCAUGCCAAAGACUUUUGCACAGUACAAACUUUAAGCAACUUGGAGCAGAGAGCAAGUUUGUAAAUCUGGCAGGAGUAAAGGAUGAUGGGAAUGGUGAGGCUGGAGUGUCAUGGGAGGGGUGUGGGACAGUUGGCAAAGGCAAGGGAUGGUACGGAUGUAGAUAUUCCCAGCCCUGAGACACCAGGCAAGGUCAAUUGAUUCCAAACAAUUGGUCUGUUGAUCAUUACAGAAUGCCCUCUCUGGUGCUUCCCCCUUUUCCAACCAUGAUUCCCCUCUCCCUGCCCUCUUCCUACUCUCAGUCCACAAUAGAGACCCAUAUCAGAAUCAGGUUUAUCAUCACUCACACAUGUCAUAGUUUUUUUUUGCAGAAGCAGUACAAUGCAAUACAUAAAAUUACUACAGUACUGUUCAAAUGUCUUAGGCACUCUAACUAUAUACAGUGUAUACGUGCAUAAGACUUUUGCACAACACUGUAUAUUUCAGGGAAGAAUGCAAUCAGAGGGGUCUUUUCUCUCUGCAUUAGAAGCUUCUACCUUUCAACCAGCAGAUGGCCCUUUGCAUCUUAUCAAUACAAACAUUGUGGCACCUUCUGCAACUAGAUUAGGGUUAAAAUGAUGUCUUUGACACCUUUUCUAACUACUGUAGAUGACAUCGUGGGCUCCCACUAUCAAUAUUUAAUGAUGGACCCCUGUGGAUCUGGGUAUGUGGCUCUGCUGUUCCGAGUCUUGAGUGAAGUCUGCCUCACCAAGAUGUGGCCAACUUUCUGGCAGUCAGGUAGUCCCAGCGUCCAGCAACUACCACUCCCACCCCACUUCACUCAAGUGAAAUGUUCGAUCCAUUUGGUAGGGCUGUCAAAUUCACAAUUGCCAAACAAACGGCAGUUAGCACAAUCACUUUACAGAGGCAGUGAUCACCAGUUUGGGUUUGAUUUCCACUGCUGUCUGUAAGAAGUUUGUACAUUCCCCCCUUGUCUGCGUGGGUUUGCUCUAGUUACCCCCUCCCCCCCAAGCAUUCCAGUGACGUAUGGUUAGGAUUAGGGUUACUGAUUGCUGGCUUGCCAGAAGUGUGGCAACCCUUGUGGGCAGACCCUAACCAAGUCAUUCCACUUUGUUGGUCACUGAAGUGAACCAACACAUUUCACUGUAUAAUUUGAUGUACAUCUGACAAAUAAACUUAAUCUAAUCUAAAUUAGGAUUUAAAUAACACUUGGACUACAUCUUCCAAGUUUUCCAUUUUGCACGUGCAAUUUGUCCACAAGUUCUUUUUCCCCAGAUUGACCAGCAAAGCUAGUCUAUAUAAAAAAUGUCUUAUCAAUCUCCCUGGACCCUCAUGCGGGUGGCUGCUAAGAUGAGUGUGCAGAGCAGUCCACUCACUCAGAAGCCGGGCCGCGGCUUUUCUUGGCUAUUGACGACGAGCAUCAUCCAAGAGUUAAAACUAUAGCAAAUGUGUAGGUACUUAGACUUGACUGAUGUGGGGAAAAGAAACAGAAAAUAGGCCUCAAAGAAUGGAUAUUGCUACAUAAACCUUGUGUAAAAUAUUUUAAUUUAUUGCUCUGCUGUUUUUGUGAAUACGUUGACAGUUGUUGGUGUACAGUUCAAAGCACUGGAUGCCUUACCAGACUUCGUAAAUGAAGAUUGUCAGAAUUGAUUGACAUAAUUCUGAGAAAAGAAAAGGAUGAACUCUUCAACUGAACCAGGACUCAGUAAAGACAGGGAUUCUUCAACCUGGACAAAGUCUCUUUUGUAAUGAUGUACACUUGUUAUGUAUAAGAAUUCAUUGUUCUGUGCUCUAGGACACAAUGGAAAAGCAAGGAGUAGAAAACUCUGAGGAAUCAGCAGAAGAGCGUGACAUUUCUCACCCAUCACUCUCUCUUAUUCAGUAUUGUUGAAAGACAUUGUAACUAGGCCCCAGUUAUGCGGUGUACAGCAUUCCAUCUGUGAUUUUGUCCCACCCUCAGUUUGUGGAAAUCGGUAACCAUUUUCUGUCUAGUUUAUUGCGAAGUCUAGCAUCACUAGGAGAAUCAUUCUGACAGGAUUACUAAUUAGGGCCAACAUUCUCUGCACCUUGAGGCAGUGCACAUAACAGGAAUAUUUUUUAAACUGUGAAGGCUUCAUAUGACAAUGAACUAUGUAUAUGAAGAAUUUAUUAAAUUUACUGGAUUCAUUUUUGUUGUAAGCUUCCUAUGUCCUGUACAUUUUGAGAUGUGGCUGGCUAGAAUUCCUGUGUUGGGCGCAUUAUGUGCGCGUCUCCCCCUCUGCCAUUGACUGAAGGCAGCUGAGAAACAUGAUGUGCUCUAUGGAUGUAAACAUUUUCAUUCUGAUUCAACAAUAAAGUUUAGAGUAUAAUCUUCA